AUGUCGCCUCCAAGUUCUAUAGAAUUGCAAACACUUACCAAUCUAUAUCAAAGAGCAAAGCAUGCUUUUCUUUUAAGAAAAUAUGAUUCUUCACAUUUACUAUGUUCCUCUGCAAUCUCUAAACUUCUGGACCUUUCACCAGUUCCCUCACCUUCAAUAAAAAUUUUACAAACUAAAAUUUGGAAUCUUUACAUUAAUCUAGUUGCAGCUAUACUUGCAGAAAGGUCACCAGUAGUAACUCAAGAUCUCGAGAUUAAGAGACUUUUAGAACGAUCACCUGAGAAAGUUGUCAACGAUGUAUGGCUUAAAGUUAUUAACGAAGGAUAUGCCGAAGAAAUUGGUGAAGUUCCUGGUGAAGUCGUCGUAGCAUGUAUCCUAUUUUGCUUAAAUCAACGAGAAGCACUAAAUGGACGUAAUAUAAUUGAAGAAUGGUUUAACGCACUUUCGGAUGAAUUAAUAUUGCAUCUUGAACACAUGUCUUCUAAACACGUAACUAGUGAUCCAAUUUUAAAUUCUUAUGAGAAGGUUGUGGAAUUGUACCUUUUACAAGUAUUACCAAAGUUAAAGGAUUGGGAUUUAGCUUCAAAAUUCCUUGCUGAUAAUGAAAUUAUUAAUAAGGACCGCAAGAAAGCUUAUGAACAAACACUUUUAAAAUUAAAAGAAAGGACAAACAAACCCACACCACUUAAGUAUACUAAACCAAAGAAAGACAAAUCAAAAAGAGAAGAAGGCAAUGGACAUCAUAUUAGUAGCAUUUUAAACGUUCGAUCAAAUUACAUUUUCACAAAUGGGAUGGAAAUAUUAACAAAUAAUCAAAAAUAUGGAUCAUCUUCGUCUCCAUCAUCAAAUAUGAUGACUUGUAAUAAUGGACAAUUCACUCGCUCUUUACAUUCGGGAACAAGAACAACGGCUACAGUGACAAGUAGUAGGAACAUUGUAGACAAUCGACCGUCUACCGUCAAUCGUAUAGUAUCAAAUCGUAUAAUGGAAUACUUGAUGUUGUAUUUGCAAAGGAUGAUGUCCAAAAUGUCUGCUCCUGGGUUUUUGUUCUUCAUCAUGAUAUUAUUUGUGUUCUCUACCAGAUCUAAUAUCAAAAAAAAGCUACACGAUGCAUUUUAUAAAUGGUUAGCUAAAUUAUGGCAAACUCUGAAGGCGGCCACUUAUAUUUAA